CCACAGCAGAAGAACGUCGAUUGUCUGGCUGGCCACUCCUAGCCGAGGCUGAAGCUGAGCCUAGCAAGGAUUCCACGGAGGAACAGCGGGGGCAGCACUUCACAGUGCGGUUCCGCAGAGCGAGCGAUGGGGAAGACGCUGGAGGGGCCAUGUUGAUGCCCGGUUGUAUGUCCCUUCGGGUUUGGCUCAAGGACCGCGGCGGCGAGGAGAGAACUGCGAGCCAGCCUGCUGAUUGGAGCGACCGGGGGCGGUGCUACUAGCACCCCGGACAACAGAGUCAAACGCUGCGGGAAGUUGGUGCUAGUUAGCCCCGCUAGGUAGCAGCAAGGUGUGCGGGGGAAUAAGUCGCAAAUAUAUUUCCCCUUUCCCGGUUGGUUUCCAUCACUUAAGACUCUUUGUGCCGAGUGUGGCGGUGAAAAAAAAGCAAGACGAGUCCGGGAGGAGAAAGCCUCUCCUGAAGCUAGCUAGUCUAGCCAUCGUUAGCAUGUGAGCUUCGCCGUCCUCUCCUUCUUCGUCCGUGUCACGACCGUCACUUUGGGGCUGUAAACUUCACACUGUGGCGGCCCCGAAUGAGCACUUUGUUGCGCCGCACCCGAGAGCUAAUGUAGUCCCCCCUCACCUAAAAGUGGAGAGUUAUGGCGACAAGUUGCAUCUCGGUUGGAUUCGCUUGGCUAGCCAGCUAGGCUAGGACAAGUUUCCCUCGUCGAGAGAGAAAGAGGCCGGGCGGACUUCCUCCUCGUCUCUUCCAUCCCCUCGUCGUCCUCACGUCCCCCGGUCCUCAUCUUCGCCCCCCACUAGAAGCAGCAAGCUGGCGGCCCCCCAAGUGGAAGCCGAGGACAAGGAGCUAGGCCCUAUGGCCUGGGUGCUCAAGAUCGACGACGCAACAAUCGAGUCGGGGCUGGUGCACGAUUUCGACGCCAGCCUCUCGGGCAUCGGCCAGGAGCUGGGGGCGGCAGCCUACAGCAUGAGUGAUGUGCUGGCCCUGCCCAUUUUCAAGCAGGAGGACUCCAGCCUCCCCCUGGAGAGCGAGAGCAAGAACCCCCCAUUCCAGUAUGUGCUGUGCGCCGCCACCUCGCCCGCCGUCAAGCUGCAUGACGAGACGCUCACGUACCUCAACCAAGUUGGUGUUUUGCGGCCGUCUUGCAGGUCAGUCUUACGAGGUGCGCAUGUUGGACAACAGGAAGCCCGGCGAGAUGCCAGAACUCACCAACAAGAUGGUGAAAAGCACAGUGCGCGUCGUGUUCCACGACCGGCGGCUUCAGUACACGGAACACCAGCAGUUGGAGGGAUGGAAGUGGAAUCGGCCCGGCGACCGUUUACUGGAUAUCGAUAUUCCCAUGUCAGUGGGCAUCGUGGAGCCCAAGACACACCCCUCCCAGCUCAAUGCAGCGGAGUUCCUGUGGGACUUGAACAAGAGAGCGUCCGUCUUCGUCCAGGUUCACUGCAUCAGCACCGAGUUCACGCCGCGCAAACACGGCGGCGAGAAGGGCGUCCCCUUCCGGAUCCAGAUCGACACGUUUGCGCCGGGGGACGCCGGCGACUACGCAGAGCACUUGCACUCCGCCUCCUGCCAAAUCAAAGUCUUUAAGCCAAAAGGUGCGGAUCGUAAGCAGAAGACCGAUCGCGAGAAGAUGGAGAAACGUAGCGCUCAGGAGAAGGAGAAGUACCAGCCUUCUUACGAUACCACUAUCCUUUCCGAGACGAGACUGGAGCCCAUCAUCGAGGAAGCAGGCGACCACGAGCUGAAGAAAUCCAGCAAGCGGACGCUUCCGGCUGACUGCGGCGACUCCUUGGCCAAGAGAGGCAGCUGUUCGCCGUGGCCGGACAGCGCCUACGUGGCCCCCAACCAGGCAGCUACUCCCUCCUUCACGUCCACGCCUCUCUCCACCUACACCACCUCUACCACCUCCACCACCACAACCACAACCUCCUCGUUACCGGACAGCGACUCGUCCUCCCCCAAUCACCAGGCGGAACCCAGCGGCUAUGCCACUGCAGAGCAGUUGAGUCCCACCGCGUCCAUUCAGGACACACAAAAAUGGCUGCUGAAAAACCGAUUCAACUCCUACACGCGAGUCUUCACUCACUUCUCAGGUUCUGAUUUGUUAAAGCUAACCCGGGACGACCUGGUCCAGAUAUGUGGUCCUGCGGACGGAAUCCGACUCUUCAAUGCACUCAAAUCAAAGUCCGUGCGUCCUCGCUUGACUGUGUACGUGUGUCAGGAAUCCCCUCAGCACAGCCCCCUACUGGAGAGACACGCCCCCAGCGAAAAUGGCGAACAGGGCCUCUCACCCAGUUUAAAUGUGUACCACGCUUUGUACCUGGAAGAGCUGACGGCAGCCGAGCUAAUCCGCAAGAUGGCCAGCGUGUGCGGGCUCCCACUGGGGACCAUAAACCAGGUGUACAGACAAGGACCCACCGGCAUCCACAUUCUGCUCAGCGACCAGAUGGUGUACAACUUGACGGACGAGAGCUGCUUUGUCAUCAACACCGUCAAAGACGAGCAGGGCGAAGGACUCCACCUCAUCCUGAAGUAAGGCCCAGGACCACCAUCAGCCAUUCUCCCCCACAACCCGACCCGAAUGUCUGACUCUGCCUGUGCGUUCCUUCUCACCCAUCCACCUCACCCCUCCGCUCUCGAUCGAAUGGACGGCCAAGAGAAGAGGCGUGUAAAAAUGUUAGCAUCUGACAUGCGGGGGAUGUGUCCGCUGUUUCAUAUUGAAAACACAGGAAGAGGAUAAGAGGGGCUGGCUGGAGAGCUUUUUUGUUGUUGUUGUUGUUGUUUCCUUUGCUUUGCUUAGUUUUUAUGCAUUUUACGCAGGCCAGUAUCGGAUGCUGUUUUGCUCAUCAACUUGAUUGAGAAGCGCAAGAGAAGGGGGGAGGGUGUUGUCUUAAUGUUAUCGACCAGCUAUGUGCUCAGCAAACUAAAUGCGUGGAUAUACGUCGUCAUUUUUCCUUUUGGGUGAUCGCACUUUCUCGAUCUUUCUUUCUUUCUUUUUCUCUGUUACUCGCUGCUUUGUGUUCCGGAAACAUUCUUGUGUUAGACCAGCUCAAUCCCAGAAAAAGGACCAAAAAUACUUUUUGAGAGAGUCGGCACUUUUUUUUUUUUUGUGCGCGAGCAGCUCAUCAGCGGCAUCCUACAGACAUCAUGGCAGCUCCAUGUCCAUCCUCUGAAUUAUUAUUAUUUUUUUGUCUUUAGUUGGGCAACAAAGCGAGCAAGUGCAAGGUAAUUAGCCUCAAAAAUGUUUGGGCCACACUGACAAGAAAACACUACUAAUACCUUGAGAAGGAAGUCGGGAAUGUUUAAUCAGUUUUUGAAAAUAGGAGGGAUAACAACUUUUUCAUCAUGAUUCAGAAGUGAUUUUUGGAGAAUUUUUCUUUCUUUGAGAAGAAAAAGUAUGAAAAUUAUUUUUUUAGGAAAAAGCUGGGGUGCUGUUUUAUUUUCAGGAAUGUCACUUUUUUAAUUCUCCCCAUUCUCGAAAAAAAAUUGUCAAAUGAGACAUAAAAUUUGAGUUAAUUUUGAAUAUUUUUUUAAUAACUUGACCUCCUCAACUCCACCAACACGCCUUCCUUGGAGGAAGCAGAGUCUGGGGACUCUGAGGUGGGCUCUCCUAUCUCUGUGGUCGAAGUCACCGAUGUGGUUAUUGAUUCGGAUGCCUCCUGAACGCCUCCCUGGUGAGGUGUUCCGGGUAUGUCCCACCGGGAGGAGACUCCGAGGAUGACCCAGGACACGCUGGAGAGACUAUGUCACCCAGCUGGCCUGGGAACGCCUCGGGAUCCCCCGGGAGAGCUGGAAGAAGUAGCUAGGGAGAGGGGUGUCUGGGCUUACCUGCUAAAGCUACUGCCCCCGCGACCCGGCCCCGGAUAACCAGUAGAAGAUAGAUGGAUCAAAACUAACUUUUACCCAAAACACGAAUUCUUCAACAUUUGUUCCCCUCCGCACUCCUUCAAAAUAAGACUAAAAAAAAUCAACGUUUUUCCCAAGUGUAAUUUUUGUCAUCAAAAAGUCGUUUCCCCGCCUCAAAAUAUGCAUACUUUUGAAAACGUUCUCAAUUGAAAAUCAUCGGACUAAAUUCGUCCAGUAUACUACUUUUCUUUUCAGUGUGAGCCUCAUAGUCCUUAGUACAAACAGGAAAAAAAAUCACACAUACUGUAUAGUUUUUCGUCAAGCCUCCUAAAUGAGGUGUCUGCUUCUUUAAUCGCGUGAAUGUGCAUGUGUUUUAAUUUUCCUCCCAUUCUUGAUUGUAGAUUUGUGGCUAUGACAAACAUGUUGCAUGUGGAAGUCGGGGGAAGACGUCAGACGUCGCCCGUCCUGUCUUGUCCUGUUCUACUUUUUUGAGAUGAGACCAAGCCUGCACUGAAAACUCACAAACUGUGUGCGUGUGUUUGUGUGUAGUUGGUAGUCCAUCACCCCAAACCCCCUCCUCCUCCUCCUCCAGUCUGCCACACAGCACAGUCAAAAUGUUUGGAAAAUAACAAGCGAUAAAGGAGUCUUUGUGUGUCCAAUCAAGCGAGAUAACCACUCUUUAUGUCCGGGCUAAACGUCAGUGAUUCUGCUUGUGGUUUGCACGUGUGUGCUUUGCUGGAGAUGCACACGUGCUGGUAAUAAAUGAUUUCAGACCUGA